GAGAAAGACGACUCCAGCGCCCAGAGCCCGGCGCUACGAUGUUCCCCAGCUCAGCGCGGGGUUCCUUUCUUCCUUAGGCCCUUGCUUAGCGUGUGCCGCCCCGUGUAAGACAGUAGGUGAUGUUCAUGGCGUUGGGGGUCUACUAGUCUACUGGGCGUAUUUAUUAGCGGUUGGGUUCCCCUCGUCUCGUCUCGUCUCUCCUCCCCUCUCUCCCCUCUUGUGCUGGACAGACUUGCACGUCUCAGGAAAUCCCGUCGCAAAGAUGACCGGCCCAACGAACAUCGCUACGCUCGACUCGAGCCUCGUCGACCGGCUGCCGGCGUACUCGAAGACCCUCUUCGACGCCAAGGCGACGGGGAAGCUGACCUUCGAGGAGAUCGCGCGGGAGCUGGGGCGCGGCGAGGUGGCGGUGGCGGCGCUGUUCUACGGGCAGGCGCAGGCGUCGGCCGAGGACGUCGACAAGCUGUCGCGGCUGCUCAAGGUGCCCAGGGAGAGCCUGGCGGCGGCGAUGAGCGGGUUCCCCGACCGCGGCCGCGCCGGGCCCAUGCCGCCCGUCGAGCCGCUCAUCUACCGCCUCUACGAGAUCGUCCAGAACUACGGCUACUCCUUCAAGGCCGUCCUCAACGAGAAGUUCGGCGACGGCAUCAUGAGCGCCAUAGCCUUCUCCUCCAAGGUCGAGAAGGAGGUCGAUCAGGACGGCGUCGCCUGGGUUAACAUCACCCUACGCGGAAAAUGGCUGCCGUACUCCCGGUUCUAAGUCGAAGUUAUCGAGCAAAAUAUCAGAACCCAAUAAACACGAAUACCAGCCUUGAACCUACAGCCUACGUUCAAAGCCCAGCGGUGCGUUCCUAGACGUGACGUUUUCGCCGUCAGGCCC